AUGACGGCCGGCAGCCAAGGGCCUCAUUGUCACCAGUUAUUGCUGAGUCAAUCGUGCUGUUCUUUGCAAGCCCACGUGUUUCUUUCCCAUCACUUCUUCGGUGGCCCUGUCGCAGCACGCAGGCCGUAUGCUGAGCUGCCAUGGCGAGUAGCUACUUGCCUGAGGGCUCCCAGGACGGCUCAUGUGUCAGACGGGUCCACCUGCGUCCGACAGCUACUCUUGGCGGAGGUCGUCGGAACACCACUGGAGAGGUCCAAUGUGUUUCGACGUCAGGGGAACGACUUGUACUGCAAGGCUCGAGAAGUGGCUCGAAAUGCAGAUCCUUACACCAAUUUGCGCGGAGUGCAGGAGUCGGUGAAGCUCUUUCAGGCUGCCAUGGCCGAGUAUGGCAAGGCUUUGCAUUUCCUUCCGAACGACCAUCGGCUGUUUGGCAAUCGAGCUUUGUGCUACCAGGCUGUGGAAGACUGGGUAAAGUGCCGUGAGGAUGCACAGCACUGCGUCAAGCUAAAAAGCGACUACACGAAGGGAUGGCUGCUGCUUGUCAAAGCCACCUGGGAGCUGGGGCAUCACCACGAGGCAAUGCAGGAGCUGCAAAAUGGUUUACGGUCGAUACCUGGCUCGCGGGAAUUGAUGGACCUGCAGGCUGGUCUCACUUCCGGCCACAAAGCUCGCGCGGCUGGGCGAAGUGUGUUCGGCCUCCAGAUCGUUGUUUUGGUCUCUCGCAGACCACAGAACUUCAGCGGCGCUCUCGCAGAGGCCGCCCGUAUCGCGCUCAACUACCCCGACCAGAUCUUUCACGCCACCGCCAGGGCCGCCAGGGCACAUGUCCGUCAUCCCGGCUUGCUUACUGACAAAGCUGUCUUCCAUCGAGAGUUGAACCCGUUUGUGUCAGGCCACGUUGCCGGCCAUUUCGCAGGGAACCGGUUCGGGAAGAUCUCCCGGGUGCUCCAGACCAUCCUCGAGAUCUCCCGGCUACUGGCUGCUUGUGGAAUGGCCUGGCGCGCAUCGCAUACUUCACCCAAAUCGCCGACGUCUGUACUCAACGGCUUGGUGAAGAAAGGGCAAACCGAUGCAGCCUUGGCCCUCUUGGCGAAUUUGCGAGCGCAGCAUCUCUUGACAACUGUUGCCGUCAAUGUCGUUAUUGCUGCAGCAGGGCGGUGCUAUUCAUGGUCACUGGCCGCAGCCCUGUUGCAGGACAUGAGGUCAUGCUCUUUGCGCCUGACCGUGGUCAGUCUCAACUCCUUGCUCAGCUCGAUGCAUCCUUUCUCUGCUUGGCGGCAGGCUGCCUCAACUGUCGCCCGUGAGCGUGCCAUCACCCCUGAUCAGAUCACGCACAACGUCUUGAUCAAGACCUGCACUCAAAAGCGCUGGGAAGCCGCUCAGGCAAUUGUUAUUGCGAUGCGCCACGGAGCGGUGCAGCCGGAUCAGUACACCUGCAGCUCUCUGCUCUCCUGUGAAAGCUGGCCAGCGGCCCAGGUCCUGUUAGACCACAUCGAUUUGGACAUGGCAUGCUUCCGCGCUUCGAUUGGCAGAGGGACUUGGGAGCGGUCACUGGCGGUGGUCUCGCGGAUGUGGACUCUGGGCCUGCGCACAGAUGCCGGUUCCUUCAAUGCUCUCUUCACCUGCCUCAGCCGCUGGCAUUGGGCAAUCCGGGGCCUUCAGAGACACACUGGGCCCGACCUUCUUAGGUUAAACUCCAUAGUGGACACGUGCACCAAGUCUGGGAAAUGGCGAAUUGCAGUAGAUGUGUACUCACUAAUGAAAGCUUCGAGGCUACGGCCAGAUAUUGUUGCAAAGAACUGUGUCAUUCAAGCAGUGAAGCACCUCUGGCCACGUGCUGUCGGAUCUUUGCUUAGGAUGAUGGAUUGCCGCAUAGCACCAGAUGAGUCGAGCUACAGAGCCGUUUUUGAGGCUUCUGGCAGAUUGCGGUAUGGCUUCUGA